CUUAGAACGAACAUCAUAUAUUUUAGUUUUUGAAUUAUCCUGUAAUCUCAUGGUUUAGAAAAUAUAAUUCUUCCAGUUAUAUUGAAAAAUGGGUAAUGAAAGUUCUCUUCCUAUGGAGCUCUGCUCAAAUUUUGAUGCAGAUGAAAUUAGAAGACUUGGUAAAAGAUUUAGAAAGUUGGAUUUAGAUAAUUCUGGUGCGCUAAGUAUUGACGAAUUUAUGUCUCUUCCUGAAUUGCAACAGAAUCCAUUAGUUCAACGUGUUAUUGAUAUAUUUGAUGAAGAUGGAAAUGGUGAAGUUGAUUUUAAAGAAUUUAUUCAAGGUGUUUCGCAAUUUAGUGUAAAAGGAGACAAGGAAUCUAAACUGAGGUUUGCAUUUAGAAUCUAUGAUAUGGAUAAUGAUGGUUAUAUUUCUAAUGGAGAACUUUUCCAGGUAUUGAAAAUGAUGGUGGGGAAUAAUUUAAAAGAUACACAACUUCAACAAAUUGUGGACAAAACAAUACUAUUUGCAGAUAAAGAUGAAGAUGGUCGUAUAAAUUUUGAGGAAUUCUGUUCGGUCGUCGGAAAUACUGAUAUCCAUAAGAAAAUGGUUGUUGAUGUUUGAGCCUCAUCAAAAAAGAAGGGUGAGGAGGAAGGGAUCUCAUGGAUGGAAGGAAACUGAUUAAUAAAAAGAAAGUGGGAUGGGCUGUUGAAGUCUGUUUUGAAUAAUGUUUUAAGUCCUAUCUUUUAGCCAUUGUUAUCUCAUUUUUACAUCUUCCAAAACUAUUAUAUGACAUAACACAUCUCAUUUGUAUUUUAUGUACUUAAAAAACUAAUAUUUGUAUAAAGUUGAUUUGUAUAUUAAUUCUUCUUCCAUGAUAAAGAAAGAAAAGAAAAAAUUAAAGAAAAAAAUUCAUAUGGCCUUUGUAUGAUUUCAUAAGCACUUUUUGUUUUAUUUUGUAUUUGUUGUUAUUGUUAAAUUUUUGUGUUAGUUACUAAUAUAUAUAUAUAUAUAUACAUAUUUAUUGAACAUAUGUUAAUGUAAUUUAUUGAUAUCUGCUUGUAUAUAUAAAUAAACAUUCAAUUUCGAUAAAUUUCAGUUUUGUACAAAUAAUACUAGAUGGUUGUGAGGAACAUAGUGGCACCACAAAAAGGAUGCAGUGAUAUUAAUUAAAUUAGCAUUUCUUUUAACUGAGGCUAUUUGAUGCUAAUUGUUGCUUUUGAAGUGUGUUUAUUGAAAGCAAAAAUAAUUAUCAUAAAUAGGGGGCUCAGAACUGUUUAAAUCUGUAAAUAAGAAAUUUUUAUAACCAGAAUCAUCGCAUAGUCAUUACCAAAUCAUUGUUCAUGAUUAUAACAACCAUUGUGACUUAAAUAAUUAGAUAUCUUUGUUUAAUUUAGGUUUCUCUAUUAUGAAAUUUUUAUGCCAAAGUUUUUUUUUUUCUAAAAUGUGCAAUAUCUUUCUCUUCUGAAUAAGAAGAAUCAUAGUUCAUGUGUGAGUGAAUUCAAAUUGAGUUUUACAGUGUCACAUUAUUAUGAUUUUGAAAUAUGAGAGAAAUUUUUGAAGGAGAAAUAAACUUUAAAGUGCCUUAUAAACCGGUUUUUUAACUGUGUCAUAAAUCUGGUUGAUAUGUGCCAAUAAUGUAAGAAGUAUAAUUUAAUUUCAAUUAUAGUUUCUUGUAAUUAAACAAAUAAUCAUUUAUUCCAUACUCGGAACAUAUCUAAAAAAUAAAAAGUGUGCUAUUUAUUUAUAUUUAGGUCUCUUGAACCAUGGAAAAUUCAUUCUGAAUCAAAUAUAAAAAAAUAUAUAUAUACAUAUAUUGAAAAGAUUGACCUUUUAAGGUCAUUAUACUAUUUCUUUUAUUAUAUAUUUCUUUACAAAGUUUUACCGUUAUAUAUAUACUUGCUAAUUCACAUUUAUUUUUAACUUAAGCCCAAUUUAAUCAGUUAAUAUUUUAGACUCUAAUAGCAUAGUAAUUAUCAAUGCCUAUUUUUGUGGUAUUUCUAAUGUUCCUUACCAAAGCUUAAAACAUUAGAUGAUACUAUUAAUCAAUAUUAUACAUUCUUUUUUAAUGUUACCAAUAUUUAUAAAUAUAUAUGUAUAAAUCAUAUUAACUAAUUUAAUUAAGAUAUAUAUGUUUAUACUAGUUGGACGGAUUAUUUUCAUUAUUAUUUAAUCUCAGAUCAUAAAGCUUUAUAUUAUUGUUAUUUUUAAAAAAAGAGCAUACAAUGAUUUAAAUAUCUAAAAAAAUUGUACAACAAAAAAAAAGUCUUUAUGAUUAUGUAUUAGAUAUAUAACUAUGUCAUUUAUUAAAUUUAUCUUUUCAAAAUAAGGGAAUACGAUAGUAAUCCAGAUCUGCAUCUUGUUUCUUGUUAAAUUGUAUUAUUUUUAAAACUUAUUUCCUUAUUUUAUACGUCCUUUUUUUUAAAUUUUGGCAUUGAAAAUUUAAUUAGAAAUUGUUAUUCAUAUGCAUUUAAACUUACUUGUACUAAUGAAGUUUACUUAUAGAUAAUAUAGAAGUUGGAUGUUAAUACUAUUAUUGAACUUAAACUCUUUCCUUUUACGCUCAGGUAUAUAUCAAAUUUUUAUUGUAGUUGUCAUUUUGGGAUCAUCAAAUUUAGUGUAGGAAAUAGAUAUAAUUUCUUUAUUUAGUCAAUAUUUUAACUAGUUAUUAUUGUAAAAGUGGUAGAAUAGCGUUAUAAAUAUGUUACCAUUUUUUUUCUGUAUUGCCACUUAUAAUGCAACGUUUACUAAUGUGGAGUUGUGCAUACUUAUAGAUUAAAAUUUGCAUAUGGAAUUGAUAUCUAAACUUACUUUUGUAUCCUGAACUAGGGCUUUAUUUAACUCAACUUGUCUCUUGCAGCAUAUGCAAUUGACCAGUAAAGCAAUAAAAUUAAUAAACAUGAAAAUUAAGUAAUUUAAUUAUGCUAUGUUAUUAUCGUGUUGGUAUUCAGUAAUAACUAGUUUUUAGGAAAAAAUAAAAUCCUUUAUUAACAAAUACACCAUGCAUUUAUGCCCAACUUCUACAUUAUUUAUGGUUAAAAAUGCAUGUUUUAUAUUUAAAGUCACAAGAAAAUUUUCACACUUUAUUAAAAUAGGAGUGUUCUCUAUUUCACUUAUCACAAAACAAUUAUAUUAACUUUUUCGCAUGCCAAUUUAAUUAUUGUAUCUUAACCUCUUAUUGAAAUAAAAGUUAAUACAAUCAUGGGUUCAAUUAUUCUUCAUAAUAACUUUUUAUUUAUACCAAAAGUUUUGAGAUAAAAAUGUUUCAGCUAACAAUAAAAUUUCACUGCGAAGAGUAUUUGUGCCU